AUGCGUGGGUUCCGCAGUAGUCGGCUCGUUGCCCCUGUGGCCGACAUGGAACCGCUAGUUGGGAAUAGCUACGGCAAUAUCCCAGACCCAGCAAUUGACAACGAUGUCUGCUUGAUAUCAAAUCAGCCAGGCUUCUGGGAAAGUCCCCGAAGCUUCGGCAACACAACAACCCUAGAAUCAUCUGUCUGUCCGGGACAGUUGACGACAGUCGAGAGCUCCCCAUUCACAGAUCUCGUGGACCCAUGUCCCACCCUCCCAGCCGGUCUGGGAUAUCCACAUACGCCCGUCACGCCGACAUUUCUGUCCGGAGAACUGGCUGACGGAAUGGGCAGUCCAUCUCUAGGUGGUUCGGUGGCUUCGCCAUAUCCAAUUUCUCCAUGCGAGUGUGUGGAUAUGCAGCUAUUUCACAUGAACCGGUUGAACCACCUACUCGCUGGAUCAAUGCCCCUGCGACUCGACCACAGCCUGCAGACAAUCAAAUGCACAUUUUGCGCCUGUCAGGUGUUCCUGCAGUGUACUAAAUGUGCUAAAGACAGCACGAACCUGUUGCUGACGAUCUCGGUACUCAAUCUUACCCUUCAGCUCUUUGAGUACUGGGUUUCGCGGGAGACGUCUCGCGCCCCACGGCCAGAACAUGGGGUCGAUAUCCGCUACGGAUACUAUGAGAUAUGUCACGAGGAAAAUAGGCAGAUACGCAAUUUCCUGCUCCGGGGUCUGUUGCUACAGUGUCGGGAUGUAUUGCUAGCUCUGAAGAGCACCGCUAGUGCGGCCGACAUUCAAAUUCCCAAGUUGGGCGACCAGGAAGGCUCAGAGCCGAAAUUAUCAGAUGAUCAUGCCAGUCAGAAUUGGGCUACUUCAGAGCAUGUCGGCUUACUUUCCGACUUGGAUGCUGGUAUUCUAAGCGGUACACCCAGAAGUGAAGGCCUGCUUCCUAUCAUUGCAGGCUAUGAAGCUACUCUCUCGGCAUUUUUACAGUCGACUUCGUGGGGGGAGUGUAUCUGUGGAUCUGGACGAGUGAUGCAUGAUGAGUCUCUUUGA